CUCCGGUCGCCAUAUUGAGAUGCAGCUACCCCCUGCUCCUUCAAUAUCUCAUGGGCGCUUCCGCUGUUUGAAGUGGAAAGCGGGAGGAAGUAGAAGAGGUACAACAACGCUUGACAGAAGAGGACAGAAAUAAUCGAAUGUAUGUUGUUUUAAAAAAAAUCUAAUUGGUCUAUAUGUUAUUGAUGUAUAUUACAUAAAGUUACGUGAAUAAUGGUCAUCAAUGCAGUUAUAAUUUGCCACAUCUAAACAUUAGUCGGGGACCAUAACAAUAGUUAGCCUAGGUAGUUAGCUACUAGCUAGUUAGCAUUAACUGUUUUCCUUUGCUAACAAGUUGUCAAACUAAAGCCGUAUCAGCUGUAGUUCAGCCAUUGCGUUUUAAAAACUGUAGGUAGCUAUCUAUACUGUUUGACUAAGCUUCCCAGCAAACAACGCCUUUAGCUGAUGAACAGUGUAAUACAGAUGAACUGCUACUGAGCUCAAAAGUGCUGUUGUGUUGCAGAAUGGACGUAACGACGUGUCUGAAGUCUCUCCUGCUGGCCAUCCACCAGUACAGAGACAACAGGACGGCCCAUAACGCUGCCCAGCUGCAGAAACAAGUGGAGGUCAGUUUCAACAUGUCCACACUGUGCCAAAGCACACUUCUACUUUGUGAGAUAUAUCAACGUGACACUGAGCAGGGUUACAUGCACACAAUAAUACGAUUUGGGAGUUAACGUUAUUUAUAAUAAGGGUUACAUGGAGAAAAUUGGACCUCUGAAAUGAAAAUGGAUGGGCCUCCCUUCAGCAAAAUGCAUUUUACCUAAACCCUCCCAGAACGCUUGAAAAAAAACAAGUGACCCUCUCCUAUACCCAAAAUAAAAAAAUUAAUCAUAACGUGGAUAACAGAGAACAUGUCUACCGUUUACCCUCACUUCUUGGACAGACCAGAGCCUUAGAAAUGCAGUUUUAGAAACUGUUCUUCGUCCUGUAAGCAUUACAUGGCAACGCAGGAAUUUUGAUUGCGCACAGGGCUGCGGGUCAGAAGGUUGUGGGUUUGCAGACCACCUUGGACAAGAGUAGGGGUUGGAAAGAUCUCCUUUAAUGUAAAAAUUAAACUACUUUCAUAUUUACCUUGAAUGUGUGUAUUUUGAAGUACAGACUACAGUUGGCCUUUAUAUUUUCCAAAUGUAGUGUUCUUGUUACUACAAGUAGGAUACAAAGUCUCAUAAGGCUUUUCAGUCAACCAGAUUUCAUAGCUUUUGGCAAUGGCUCACAUAACUUGUUUUGGUACUCACAUCUGUCCCCCUGUGUUUCUGACCAAGUCGGAAGGUUAAUGAAACAACAUCAAACACAUUUUAGUCCACUGAGUGCUAGUAUAGAAUUUUACAAUCUAGUAAAGAUAGAGCGCUGAUUUGGACAGGCAGUGUCACAUCCGUAAUGUUUUUGAUGAAAAGUUGUUAUUGUAGACGCGUUUCGAGUAUGAUUGUAUUCAAACUUUCUAUGUAAAGCUAACUUUCAUCAAGGGCUUAGGUGAUGUGUAAUUGGUUGCCUUUCUCUCUGUCUGUGCUCGUUCUAAGCGUAACGGAUGUGACUGUUACGGACGCUUCAUAAAAUGAUCAUGGACUCACUAGUCAGCAUCACUGCAUAACGCGAUCAUGAAAACAUUUUUAUGCACUUCCUAUUGCUUCUGACGUGUGUUUAUGUUAGCAAGCUAGCUGGCUAUCUUAAUCUAUCUGUGUGAGCGAUCCAUUUCAGGUGUACUCACGUUCUCAUAUGAACUGCAAUGAUGCGUUGUUCUGCUAACCGGAGCAUUGCACGUGAUCACAUCACAUGGCAUAAUAAAGGUAUUACAUUCAUAAACAUAAUUAAGGUCUUAAAAAUCCAUAAGAAACUUUCACCGGUCCUGCUGACUUUUACUUCCUGAGUAAGUACGGUUCCCCCAGUGACAAUAUUGGUCUGUAUCUGUGUGGUCUGCCCUGCGGCGGGAGAGGCACUUGAGAACUGGAGCUGUCAAGCCUGAGGUAAUUUACGAUCUUACAAGAAAUUGACAGAAGUGCAAACCAUGUGCCAUGGGUAGGUUAUAUAUGCACAAUUUAAGAUACUCAAAUCUGUCUUAUUGUGAGGUCAAUAACUCUGAUAAAUACAUCAUGGGCAAGAAACAUAUUGUUUUUAGUAAAAUCUAUUAUAGGAGUAACAAGCUAUCAAAGUUGACCUCCGGUCCUCCUCAUAUUUGCACUCUCCUUCUUAAACUGAACAGAACAUAGGCUAUAGGCUAGUCCGCGUGCAAUAUAUAUAUAUAUAUUAUUUUUUUGCGGAAGUGUCCUUUGACACAGCACAGCCGUUGGCCAGGCAGCACCCAAAACCUUUUGAUCAGCAAGAGCAGAGCAGGCCGGGGCUCAGGGUUGGAACAUCCAUUGCGAUGUGUAAUGCAGCCUAGUUUUAUUUACCCCUUGCCAGCAGCUUUAUUAGAAAUAUAACUUUGCUCUGUGCUUCUCCGAGCAUGCAUUUCGUAGCCAAUAGGCUAUGGAUCAUUUGAUUGAGCCCACACUAAAUAGCCUGUAGGCACACUUCAUAUUGCGCGCCCAGCGGAGCGUCAGAGAUGAGGGGCGACAUCGGGGCACACAGUGAUAUACAGUGUCUUCAGAAAGUAUUCAUACCCCUAGACUUAUUCCACAUCUUGUUGUGUUACAGCCUGAAUUCUAAAUGGAUUAAAUAGAUAAUUCUUUCUCACCAAUCUACAUAAUGACAAAGUGAAAACAUGUACAACAUCUUUUUUUGUGUACAUUUAUUGAAAAUGAAAUACAGAAAUAUCUAAUUUACCUAAGUAUUCACACCCCUGAGUCAAUACUUUGUAGAAUCACCUUUGGUAACGAUUACAGCUGUGACUCUUUCUGGGUAAGUCUCUAAGAACUUUCCACACCUGGAUUGUACAACAUUUGCCCAUUUAUUAUUUUCAAAAUUCUUCAAGCUCUGUCAAAUUGGUUGUUGGUUAUUGCUAGACAACCAUUUUCAGGUCUUGCCAUAGAUUUCCAAGUAGAUUUAACUCAAAACUGUAACUCGGCCACUCAGGAACAUUCACUGUCUUUGUGGUAAGCAACUACAGUGUAGAUUUGACCUUGUGUUUUAGGCUAUUGUCCUGCUGAAAGGUGAAUUCAUUUCCCAGUGUUUGGUGGAAAGCAGACUGAACCAGGUUUUCCUCUAGGAUCUUGCCCUAAAAAACGUCCCAGUGCUUAACGAUUACAAGCAUACCCAUAACAUGAUGCAGCCACGCUGUGCUUGAAAAUAGGGAGAGUGGUACGCAGUAAUGUGUUGUAUUGGAUUUGCCCCAAACAUAACACUUUUUUUGUAUUCAGGAAGUGAAUUGUGAAUUGCUUAGCCACAUUUUUUGCAGUAUUACUUUAGUGCCUUGUUGAAAACAGGAUGCUUUUUUUGGAAUAUUCUUAUUCUGUACAGGCUUCAUUCUUUUCACUCUGUUAACUAGGUUAGUAUUGUGGAGUAACUACAAUGCUGUUGAUCCAUCCUCAGUUUUCUCCUAUCACAGCCAUUGAACUCUGUGUUUUAAAGUCAACGUUGGCCUCAUGGUGAAAUCCCUGAGCAGUUUCCUUCCUCUCCGGCAACUGAGUUAGGAAGGACACCUGUAUCUUUGUAGUGACUGGAUGUAUUGAUACACCAUUCAAAGUGUAAUUCAUAACUUCAUCAUGCUCAAAGGGUAAUUCAAUGUCUUUUUUCUUUUUUUUUUACCCAUCUACCAAUAGACCAAUAGGUCCCCUUCUUUGCUAGGCAUUGGAAAAUAUCCCUGGUCUUCACUGCUCGACUGAGGGACCUUCCAGAUAAUUGUAUGUGUGGGGUACAGAGAUAAGGUAGUCAUUCAAAAAUAAUGUUAAACACUAUUAUUGCACACAGUGAGUCCAUGCAACUUAUUAUGUGUCUUGUUAAGCACAUUUUUACUCCUGAACUUAUUUAGGCUUACCAUAAGAAAGGGGUUGAAUACUUAUUGACUCAAGACAUUUCAGCUUUUCAUUUUUAACUAAUUUGUAAGAUUUUCAAAUAACAUAAUUCCACUUUGACAUUAUGGGGUAUUGUGUGUAGGCCAGAGACCCCCAAAAUAUACAUUUAAUCAAUUUUAAAUUCAGGCUGUAACACAACAAAAGUUGGAUAAAGUCAAGGGGUGUGAAUAAUUUCUGAAGGCACUGUAUAGCCUAAUAUGCAACUAAUUAUAAAACACUAAAAUAAUACUAAACCCUCCCCUUGACUGGAAUUGAAAAAACAUGACCCUCCCCCAUUUUCCUCCAGAUACCCAUUAUGUAAAAUUCGAUCCAUCCCUAAUUGUGGAUAGUCAGAUUAAUGUAAUAGUUUGUUUAAAAGCAUUGAAGAACAGUUUCCCUAAUAAUCCUGUUUACAUGGACACAUCUGAAAUCAGGCUACCUGAUGGGACUUAAAUAAAUGCAGAAAAUCAACAAUCAAAACAAACGUUCUACCAUGUUAUUUUUCCAAAGCCUAUUUAAUUCUGAGUUCGGACAUAUAAAGUUUGUAUGUGAAAACUCCUUCACUUCACUCGCGCGUAAGAGGGAGGCUUGCGCUACGGGUGUUUCAGAUGCACCUCUUUCACAUUACUCAUAAGCACUCCGUUACGUUGCACCGGGUGUCAUGCAUUUUAAUGGGACUUCCACGACGGAGGUAGCUAGCUAGCUGCUUUGCAGUUCAAGCAAGCCUGACUUGCUAUAAAGUUAGAGAAACAAUUUUAGGAAAAGUAACUAAACAAAACAUUUUUUAUUAUCACUUGAAACAAUGUAUAGGUCCUGUCUUGAAUUGAAUGAAAAUGUCAUAUUUUGUAAUCUCCCAAAAUAAAUGGGAUCUCUGACGAGAGAGGCUCUCUUCCAUAUUGUGUUACAUACACUACCCUUGUCCGUUCAGUAGCAGGGCAAGACUCCGCGAAGAUGACGUACUGCGUAAUGAAAUGCGUCACAAUGUAAACGGGGCAUUACGCCUCAUGUCCACCAGAUGCAUCAGACUGUGUUUCUGCUCUGUGUUCUGUUUACCACAUGCGUUCAAUAUUUUCAAUUCGUGCGUUGCUUUACCGUUUGGUGGUACAAACGGAAGUACUCACAUAGAGUCCAACUAGCUAGCUUUUAGCUAGUUGAAAAUCGAAGCACAUGUACGGAAAAUGCGGGCUAGACUUCCGGCAAAACAAAACACAUAUGCAUCUGGUGGACAUCGGGCGUUAUGCGCGAGUGAAGUGAGUUUGGAAAAACUGAAAGUAUGCAUAUUUUUUCACAUACAAAUACGCCGCUGGAACGCCAAGUAAGCUGUUUACUUGUCCUGCCAUAAUCAGUUUAAUAUCAAAUUAUUAGUGUGCAUGUAAACGUACUUUCUGGUGUGUGUGUGUGUGUGUGUGUGUGUGUAGGAGCUGUCAGGAAUGCGGUGUGUUCGUCUGCUGUCGUCGGGCCAGGUCCUGCCCAGUGAGUGUGUCUGUGGACUUGUGGAGCUGGCAGGAGACCCCAACACUAGCCCCACACUCACAGGAACAAUCAUCUCUCUACUGGCCCAACUAGGUACACAGACACACACACACACACACAGUCAAUGACUAAUUCCCAACACAUUUCAGUCAUAUCAUUUUUGUCAACAGCCGACAAUGUGUCUCUCACUCAAAAACAAUACAAAAACAAUAGAACUUGUGUUGAUGUGUGUGUGUUCUCACCCCCAGCCUGUGAUGAUGAGAGCAGAGAUGUUCUCCAGAGUAGUUAUAACCUGACCAGCACUCUGGCCUCCAUCAUCCACUGCCACAGCACCACCCCCAGGGAGCCGCUCGUACUACAGGUAGACCUCUGGUUCACAGUCUGGCUUUGUCAUACGUUUGUUUGGAAGUGCGUUCAGAUUUCUAUCUCCUGAAUCAUGCGCAGAACCAUGUAAACGUGUGCAUGAGCUCGACAAAGUAUGCAUGUAUUAUCAUCUUGUGCAAAUCUGAACGCGCUACCAGCACUUUGAAAAGUUGAUUUAAUUCUACUUUCCUGUGGAUAUAUUGUCACACAUUCCUACCUGCAAAAUGACCAACCACACGGACAACUGGUAAAGGAUCAUUUUAUUCAGCAUUCUGGCUUGUAGAGGUCGUAAGAGGAAACUCUCCUGACCCAAACGCUCAUUUCUGCCCGAUGUAGAAUUCUAUGAAAUUCAACAUCGGGUCUUCAGGCUACUCACCAAAAUGACAUGAUGAGACUAAACCAGGGGUCAUGAACCCUGGUCUUGGAGAAUUACGGCGCUACACAAAGCCAAAGCUCCAGUGGUAAACAUGUCUGUAGGAUGUGAUGUGUUCAACUACUGCUUUAGUAUCUCUGUGUGUCUCAGUGUCUAAAGCUGCUGCAGAGGCUCACCUAUAACGGACGGAUAUUCCACUGUGCCAACUACAUCCACGAGCUCAUAGACUUUCUCAUGACCAACAUGUAAGAUACCUCUCCUCUCUUCCCUCAUCCUCUCUCUUCUCCCACUCUACAGUAAAGCAGAGGUGAAUGUUUACAUGUAAGUAUUCAUUUUGUCCCCUUUUGUAUACCCCCCUCCAGCCAGUCGCACAAUGAUGACAUCACCAUGCCGUGCCUGGGUUUGAUGGCUAACCUGUGUCGCUACAACCUGUCAGUACAGACUCACAUCAAAGCUCUGGUGAGGACCACCCUCUCUCUACCGCCGUCCAUCCAGCUUUUCUAUUUUCCUCUUACUCACCCUCUUUUCUCUCCUUUGUCUUUGAUGGAACGGGUUGUUGUAAUGUGAAGGCUGUGUGUUUUCCUACAGAGCAAUGUGAAGGCGUUCUAGUGAACGUUGAUUAACACCUGGCUGUGUGUGUUCCUACAGAGCAAUGUGAAGGCGUUCUAGUGAACGUUGAUUAACACCUGGCUGUGUGUUUUCCUACAGAGCAAUGUGAAGGCGUUCUAGUGAACGUUGAUUAAGACCUGGCUGUGUGUGUUCCUACAGAGCAAUGUGAAGGCGUUCUAGUGAACGUUGAUUAACACCUGGCUGUGUGUGUUCCUACAGAGCAAUGUGAAGGCGUUCUAGUGAACGUUGAUUAAGACCUGGCUGUGUGUGUUCCUACAGAGCAAUGUGAAGGCGUUCUAUUGAACGUUGAUUAACACCUGGCUGUGUGUGUUCCUACAGAGCAAUGUGAAGGCGUUCUACCGUACCCUGAUUAACUUCCUGGCCCACAACAGUUUGACGGUGGUGGUGUUCGCUCUCUCCAUACUGGCUAGCCUCACUCUCAAUGAGGAGGUGGGGGAGAAGGUAACACACAGACACACACCAGGGUUUUCUCUAUCUUUAGUUCUGGUUGUGACAACUCUCUGUCUGGCCUCUGUGACGUGUGUGUGUGUGUCAGCUGUUCCAUGCUAAGAACAUCCACCAGACAUUCCAGCUGAUCUUUAACAUCAUCGUCAAUGGUGAUGGAACCCUAACCAGGAAGUACUCUGUAGACCUACUGGUGGACCUGUUAAAGAACCCCAAGAUGGCUGACUGCCUAACCAGGUAUAUAUACACACACACACACACACACACGCUCACACACUUUUAUAGAACAAUAAAAGUGAUGUUGUGUAUGUCUCUCUCUGUAGGUAUGAACACUUCUCAGUGUGCUUGUCCCAGGUGUUGGGUCUUCUACAUGUCAAAGACCCGGACUCUGCUACCAAGGUGUUGGAGCUGCUCCUGGCUCUGUGUGGUGUGUCAGGCCUGAGGUCUCUGCUGUGUGAGGUCGUGUUCCGUCCUGCCGCCCCUCGGCUCCGAGCUGCAAGCCGCAGACACGGGGCGGGCCUAGACGCAGGGCAGACAACAGAGCCGGGCUUAGCUCUCAUCCAAUGGCUGAGCUCUCCGGCUGAGGGGGAGGAGUUAUGCUGUCUACAGGCCCUGCAGCUGCUGACUGAGCUACUGGAAGUACGACAGCUCUACACGGACACACAGAACUAAAAGUGGAAGCCUGGAUUUCACUACAUCCUGUCUAGCACAGUGAUGACUCCUACAGAAAAAGUGACUUGCACUGAUUUGCUCUUUGUCCUUAUGUGUUUCUCUCCAGGAGGCGUUGGGUUCAGAGGUCGUGUCUGUGUGUGUGUUGGGCUACGUUGAGUUGUUGGUUCCAGUGGUGUUGGGUCUACUACAGGGGCUGGACCCAGCCGCACCAGACAGCCAGCUCAGAACACACUGCAUACGUACCACAAACACCACCAGCCUGCUGCUAAAUAUCCUUUACAUCUGUCUAUCUGUCUGUCUGUGUGUCUGUGUGUUAUCAGCCUUAACUCUUCCACUGCUGUGUAGUGAGGAAUCGGUGUGUAGGGUGGUGUCUCGUCAGAUGAGCUCCCAGCUCUGUCUCUCUCAGGUGGAGCUACUGCUCUCCUGUUGCCAUAACAACGACCCGCUCACCUGCCCCCCCACCGGCCACGACAGCAGCCUCAGGUCAGUGACCACAUACACACUCAGAACACACACAUACACACAGAACAUAGUUGUAAACACCUGCGUGGGGGUGUUCCAGUCAGGUGUGUGGUGAGGCGGUGUUGAAGAGUGUGGAGUUGAUGAGUAAACUGAGACAGCAGGUGAAGGACAUGGAGACCAGCUUCUACAGAAUACUACAGGUACACACACACACACACACACACACACACACCUACCUACCUGCGGAGCCGAGCUAAAAGAUUGCCAUAAUAAAAUGUCUCUCCCUACAGGACCAGAGGAUGGUCACGCCCCUCUCUCUGGCUCUGACGUCCAGUCACAGAGAGCAUGUUCAGACCGGGCUUCGCCUACUGUUUGAGGCCACGCCUCUCCCAGACUUCCCUUCGCUGGUGUGAGUGAUUGAACACACACACACAAUGAAUGAGUCAGUCAUGUAAGUGUUUAUUCUGAUGGCAGCCUGUGUCUCAGUCUAGGGGAGAGCAUUGCUGCCAACAACGCAUAUCGCCAGAGGGAGGCUGAGCUGUCUGUCAAACGGGUUGCUGUGCAACAGGAUGUCCCGGCCCCCAUGGGGAAGAGCCUAUCAGGGCCUUCUCCCUCCAGCCCCUCCCACAGCAUUCACAGCCUCAUAGAGAAACUACAGAACGGCAUGGAGGUGCGAGUCUGUAUUCUGACGUGUGUUGUAGAUGGGGUGUGUGUGUGUGUGUGUGUGAGUCUGUAUUGUGACGUGUGUUGUAGAAGGAGGUGUGAGUCUGCAUUCUGACGUGUGUUGUAGAUGGGUGUGUGUGUGACUAACGUGUAUGUGUUGUAGUUGCAGGAUCAGAUGAAGGAUGUGCGUGUGUCAGAGAUCAUGGAUGUUUAUGAACAGAAGAUCUCCGCUCUGGCAGUGAGUAUCCCCACUAGAUCUUCCAACUCCACACCUGUCAACUCUGAUGGUCAUGGUGGUGUGGUCAACUCUCUUUUCCACCAUUUCUUUGCAUUUGAUGUAACCACCAUGAGACAUUUAAUUGAGUUAGUAUUGUAACUGCUUCCGUUUCCUUCUCUCUCUCUCUCUCUCAUUCUCUCUCAAUUUCAAUUCAAUUCAAUUGAAGGGCUUUAUUGGCAUGGGAAACGUGUGUUAACAUUGCCAAAGCAAGUGAAGUAGAUAGUAAACAAAAGUGAAAUAAACAAUAAAUAUUAACAGUAAACAUUACACUCAGAAGUUUCAAAAGAAUAAAGACAUUUCAAAUGUCAUAUUAUGUAUAUAUACAGUGUUGUAACAAUGUGCAAAUAAAUCUCUCUCUCUCUCUCUCAUUCUCUCUCUCUCUCACCCCCCUCCAGUCUAAGGAGGGGAGGUUACAGGAUCUGUUAGAAGCCAAGGCUCUGGCUCUCUCUCAGGCCGAUCGCCUCAUCGCUCAGUACCGCUGUCAACGAGCUCAGGCAGAGGCCGAGGUAACAAACACACACACCCAGGCCGAGGUAACACACACACACACACACACACAGAGGCCUUGGCUUCUAACACAGAUGGCCUUUGUCUCUGUCUCUCUGUAGGCACGUAAGCUAGCAUCUAUGCUGAAGGAGGCAGAACGGAGGAGAGAGGAGCUGCAGGUUCGUAGCAGAAGAGUUAGCACAUGCUAAGAGGUUUAGCAUUAUUGUUCUGCUAAAGACUAGCUAGCAGAUGCCAAAAAGUGUGUGUGUGUGUUUGUGUUAGGCAGAGUUAGGUAGCCAGGUACUGGAGGCAGAGAGGUCGAAGGGAGACAUCGAGGAGCUGCUUCAACACAACGCUAGACUGCAGGCUGACUCUCAGGAACAUCAGGCUCUCAAAGGAUCCUAUAACCAGCUGCUUAACAGGUUACACCCACACACACACUGCUCUCUACAUUCUUCUCUACAUAGAUGUUUCUUAUGCAGGUAUUUCAUGACGCGUUUCCUGUUCCUGUGUAGGUUUAAUGAGAGCGAGCGUCUGUUGAAGGAGCUGCAGAUGGCUCAUAUCUCCGUCACUAAACAGAUGGACACGCUGAGGAAGAGCCAGGACACACUACGUCUACAGCACGACAAGUAAGACAAGCACACAGUAGCAAUAAAAACAUUCCCUCUGCAACUAUUUACAAUUAGCUUUUUUUCUUUUGCUCUCUCUCUUUCAGGGCAGUGUGUGAGCUGAAAGAGAGGGAGGAGCAAAUUAAAUCCUUCCAAUCAGAGCUUCAGCAGAGAAACCGUGACAUCACAGGUCAGUUUGAGCUAAACCAGAAAGAGCUAUCUCAAUACCCCAGUUACCACUCUCUUACCCUCUGUGUCCCUCCUUCACUCUCUUUCUCCCAACCCCUUCUCUCUCCUACUCUCCCUCUUUUACUGACUCUCUCGCUCUCUCUCUCUCUCGCUACUCUCUCUCUCUCUCUCUCUCUCUCUCUCUCUCUCUCUCUCUCUCUCACGCUAACUCUCUCUCUCUCACGCUAACUCUGUCCCUCUCCUCCUCUCUCAGGUCUGCGUGGUGAGUUGCGGGGUCAGGAGGAGAGGGGGAGAGCGAAAGAGAAAGAGAGGGAGGAACUAGAGGAAACUGUGGAUAUUCUGAGGAAGGAACUCAACAAGACGGAGCUGGCCAGAAAGGACGCCAGCAUCAGGGUAAGGACACACACUGGUAAAGUAUUGGAGGAGGGAGGGUCUUGCCAGCUAACUUGUACACCGUACUGGAUAAGCUAAUAACCAACUCCAUACACCCACUAGGGGAGAUCUAAAUGAUUCUAAUACAAAGUAGUUUCUGGUAAGGAAGUUGGCUUAGUCUGUGUCCUUUCUCCUGUCCUCUCCUCCCCCCUCUCCUCUCCUGUCCCCUGUCCUCUCCUGUCCUCUCUCCUGUCCUCUCCUGUCCUGUUCUCUCCUCUCCUGUUCCCUGUCCUGUCCUCUCCUGUCCUGUUCUCUCCUCUCCUUCCCCCUCUCCUGUCCUGUCCUCUCUCCUCUCCUGUCCUGUUCUCUCCUCUCCUUCCCCCUCUCCUCUCCUUCCCUCUCUCCUCUCCGGUUCUCUCCCCUCUCCUGUCCCCUCUCCUGUUCUCUCCUCUCCUGUUCUCUCCUCUCCUGUCCCCUCUCCUGUCCUGUCCUGUUCCCUCCUCUCCUGUCCUCUCUCCUGUCCUGUUCUCUCCUGUCCCCUGUCCUGUCCUCUCCUCUCCUCUCCUGUCCUCUCUCCUCUCCUUCCCUCUCUCCUCUCCGGUUCUCUCCCCUCUCCUGUCCCCUCACCUCUUCUGUCCCCUGUCCUGUCCUCUCCUCUCCUCUCCUGUCCUCUCUCCUCUCCUUCCCUCUCUCCUCUCCGGUUCUCUCCCCUCCCCUGUCCUGUCCUGUCCUCUCCUGUCCUCUCCUCUCCUCUCCAGGCGUCCUCUCUGGAGCUGCAGAAAGCCCAGGUGGAGGCCAAACUACAGAAGAAAGAGGAGGAGCUGAACAAACACUCUUCUAUGAUCGCCAUGAUACACAGCCUCAGCUCUGGCAAACAGAAGAGCGACGUCAACCUGUCCCUCUGAGAGACACACACACAGCGACGUCAACCUGUCGCUCUGAGAGACACACACACAGCGACGUCAACCUGUCCCUCUGAGAGACACACACACUACCAAUCUGUCUCUGUCACAUCUGCACACACAGGAUCAGAAGGAAUGGAUUUUUAAAAACAAAAUUAGUAACUCAUUUCUGUCAUUUUAAUGUACCGCUAUCUGCAUUUUUAAACCUAUUGUCCAUAUAUCCUGCAUUUAUCAUUCUUUUACACUCAGUUUUUCUGUCCAUUGUAUUGAAGUCUAAAUAAAUAUUGACUGGUC